UAAUAGAAUAGCUUUGGGCCCAUUUACUUUUGAACCCAAAUAGCAAAAGGGAGACAGCCCAUAAUAUUCGGCCCAUGUGACUACCGAGCCCUCAGUCUUUUCACCUUCUAAGCUUUCUACUGCUCACAUUCAGCAAAAAAGCGUUCAGUGUAGCGAUGCUACGAACCAGCGGGACCAUCGCCGGCGUUAACUCCGGUCUCCGACGAUUUCUUCACAUCACGGCCCGACCUUCGCCUCUAGAUAGCGUGGUUAAUCAGCCGACGGCUACAUCACCGUCGUUGGUUUUGCCUGAAAAUGAUAAUAAGAACAACAGUAACAGUAACAUAGGAUAUAUGUUUCCAAAUUCACCUGUCAUUGGUGGGUCCAUGGAGCUUAUGGCUGUUCCUAAAAAGAAGAGAACUCUAUUCUCCUUCAUAGCAACAAGUUCAAAGUUCAAAUUGCAGGGCUUGUGGUCGAGUCAAAUUGCCACAUUUCUUUUGUUGCAGUGGGAUUAAGCAGAACCAUGAUGAAGAGAACAACUCUACCGGUUGAUCAAAUUUAAGGAAGCAUCCAACAUAUCAAAAUUCUUUUCUUUCUGGUAGAAUCUUCUGUUAGAAACUCUAGGAAGGUCAUAUCAUACCGCAUUCUGUAACAAUAGUAUAAUCAUUGCAGCAUAUACUCAACUGCAUGUUAAGUAGCACUAUAUCAGUUGCUCUAUUUCUAAUCUUCCUUUGAAUUAGUGGCAAAUAAUAAAUCUAGCCACUUGCCGAAAAGCAAGAGUUGGAGACUA